AUCUCAGUACCCCUCCAACUCUGCUGCUGCAACUGUAACAUCUUCCCGCGGAAGCGCCAUGGCUUCAGAGAAGAAAUUGAGCAACCCCAUGAGGGAUAUCAAGGUCCAGAAGCUUGUCCUCAACAUCUCCGUCGGUGAGAGUGGAGAUCGACUCACCAGAGCAGCAAAAGUCUUGGAGCAACUUAGCGGCCAAUCCCUUGUUUUCUCUAAGGCAAGGUAUACUGUGCGGUCCUUUGGAAUCAGGCGUAAUGAAAAGAUAGCUUGUUAUGUGACUGUCAGAGGGGAGAAAGCUAUGCAGCUUCUUGAGAGUGGAUUGAAAGUUAAGGAAUACGAGUUGUUGAGAAGGAACUUCAGUGAGACCGGCUGCUUUGGGUUUGGUAUUCAGGAGCACAUUGAUCUUGGAAUCAAAUAUGAUCCUUCAACUGGCAGGUGCAAGUCUCGAGUCGGGAUUCAGCACAGGGUCACUAAGGAGGAUUCAAUGAAGUGGUUCCAGGUCAAAUAUGAAGGUGUUAUCCUUAACAAGUCCUCAAACAUUAGUGAUAAGCUGAGUGCCAACUUUUGGAUCAGCUUGUCUCCUGGCAAGUUUAUUUUUAUGUAUUUUUGUAGACAGCCAUCGAUAUUACUAUUAAAGGAAUGUUUUGGAGAGAUUCUAGUGGGCAAAUCAGUAUGUUUUAUUUCUCAUUUUGGCAAUCAGAUGAAAAACCAAACUUACAUAAAAAACCAAUCACAGUCAUUACUGAAUGGUCACAACAUUCAGAAGCCAAACUUACAUAAAAAACCAAUCACAGUCAUUAACACUGAUAACAAAACUCAGCAUUCCCGUCUCAAACAUCAAAACUGA